AAACCGGACACCCGGGAGGAGCCGCUCCCUCCCGGCCGGGUCACUCCAGUGGAGCCGGGCGGACGCAGCGGCGGCGGCACGCGGGACGCACACGCGCGCUGACCAGCCGAGGAGCGGCGGAGGCUCCGGUGGAGGUUCCGGUGGAGGUUCCGGUCUCCGCAGCGGUCCCUUUGAUCUGCCGCGGCGGGAACCGACUUACCGGGAAAGUGCGACAAGUCCCGCCCGGAGUCCCGGCGGCGCCAUGAAGAAGACCUCGACCGGGAGAAGGGCUCCGCCGGACUCUGCAUCCCAGAGUUCUCCUCUGGAGAAAGUGGGCUGGAUCAGGAAGUUCUGCGGGAAGGGGAUCUUCAGGGAGAUCUGGAAGAACCGAUUCCUGAUCCUGCGCGGAGAGCAGCUGCUCAUCAGCCAGAAGGAGGUGAGGGACCUGUCCCGGGCCGACGAGGUUCUGGACCUGUCUGACUACGACAGAUGUGAGGAGAUCAGGAAGAACAAGAGCCGCAGUAAGAAGAACCACAGCAAGUUCCGGCUGCAGCGCUACUCCUCCCCAGGAAACACGGUUCCUAACCUGCUGUUCCUGGCGGUCAGUCCAGAGGAGAAGGAAUCCUGGAUCAACGUCCUGAACACGGCCAUCAGCAGAGCCAAGAACCGGAUUCUGGAUGAGGUGACAGUGGAAGAGUCUCAGUUGUGUCACCUGACCCGAGAUCGAGUGAAGAUUCCCCACAACCGCCGACUGCCGACCAGAGGCCACCUGCUGGCAGUGGCCUCCACCUCGUCCUCCGAUGGGAUGCUGACUCUGGAUCUGGUUCAGGAGAACCCCGCCCCCUCACAGGGUCUGGACCGCGCCGAUGGGUUCCAUGAGGAGGCGGACAAACCCGUCUUCUGCGGUUCUCCAGACUCCCCCAGCUCCAAAACUGACAGCCUGCUGUCAGCCCAAAUCGCUGUGUCUUCUGGGAAGUCUCCGAGCCUUCCUGAGGAGAAGAUAGGCUCCACCCACAACCCUGAUCCCGGGAAGCGUCUCUCAGAGGUUGAGAAGAACUGCAGCGCCUCCACAGACCAGAUCCAGACUCCAUCACAGACCAGAACUGCAACGACUAAGGGCGGGGCGACCCCCCCACCCAGAGCGAAGGAGCCGGUCGGCCGCCUGCAGGAGCUCAUCGAACAGAAGCUGGACCGGACGGGGCACCUGCUGACGGAGGUGCGGCAGGAUGGGGGGCGGGGGGGCGGAGCGGGGCAGGAGUCGGCUGAAGAACUGCGAGCUGAAGCCCAGCGGCUCCUGCAGGAGGCGGCAGCGGCGUGGAGCCAGGCCCGAGAGGUUCUGGAGGAGAUCAAGGAGCUGAGGAGCCUUUACCAGCAGCUGGACCCGCCCCCCCCACAGACCCGCCCCCACAGUGCCAAGCUGACCUCAAACCGCAUGAGCCUGAUGUGAAGGACAGGGUUCUGAGUGGUUCUGGACCAAACCAGAGCCAGCAGAACUCCCGACACCAGAACCCCCAGCUGGAGGGCCUUUUGCAUCUAUGCUGAUCUCCUGACAGGUGAUGGGUCAGCUUUAAAGCUCCGCCUCCAAAGCUGUCAGCUGUUCUCAUAUCUGUCUCACCUGAGGAGGCGGCCAAGUUCUGGGACCGAGGCCGUCACCCCCCAGAACCAACCGAGUCUGUGCGGACCAGAGCAAAGCUCUAAGAGCCCACACCCGGUCUGGUUCUGCUGGACCUGGUUCUGCUGGAUCUCGUUCUGCUCCACACCUCAGCCCAGUUUUUAUUCCACCUUUCUGGCCACAUCUUUCGGACUGUCCAGAACUGGAUCCCUGACCGGGUCCAGUCAGGACAGCAGGUUAAACUCUCGAUGGUGAAGAGCAGUCGUCAUAGUAACGGCCCAUCACACAAACUGCACUGGAGAAGGGGCGGGGCCACAAGUUUUAUUGAUCCACUUUUUGCAGUUGUGUGCCAAACCCUCAGAAGAACCGGUUCUGACCGCUCCACUUUUAGUUUAUUUUGAGUGUGAGAUGUGCUGCCCCCUGCUGGAGCGGACCGGACCGGGUCCAGUCACCAAACAGGAUAGUUCUAGAAACCGACUCUCCCGCUUAAAGCUAAUGUGUGCUGUAGACAUGCAGAGGAUGAUGGGAAAUGUAGUCCAUGUGGGGCAGCAGUUAUGUGCUGAAAUAAAAGCUGCAAACUGAAACCA